GUGGUCAUUUCAUUUUAUCAUUUUCCAACGGCCAUACAGUGUACACUGCACACUUAGUAUUAAAUGCAAAUUCUUGAAUUAAAUAAUAGAUUUUAUUCAUAUUAUUAUGAAGAAAUUUUUCAAAAAAAGUCAAAUCGGCAGAAUUUUGGCCCAAAUCGGGAAUUUGGUACAAUAAUCGGGACGGCGGGAAUGGCGACGAAAAUCGGGAAAUUCCUGCUUAGAAAGCGGGAAUGGGAGGUCCAUGGUGCGGCUGUUGACACUAUAUUUUCCUAUAUUUCGAAUUGGCGCGCUGUUUAGUUCCGAUUUGAAAUGUUAAAUUACGUUGAUGUGCCCUUUGAAAUUGGGGGCACUCGCGUCGCCUCAAAUGACUUUGACGUUCAACAGCCGCCACAUGGGGAGGUCUAGGAAUAGAUUUAUAAUUUUAAUUAUCAAAUCUAACGGUACAUUCAUUAUCACUUAAUAUAGAAAGUAAAUUUAUUGGACUUUGCAGUAUUGUGUGGUUGUUUAUUAUGCUGAUAUUUGGCGGUGGCGUAUUUUAUAUGUGCUUCAAUCAGUGGGCACGAUACAAAGCGAAUCCAACGGUCAUAUCACUCGAGAGAGACUAUCGCCGUUGGAACGGAACGAUGCCAGCUAUCACAUUGUGUUAUAACGUCAAAUUCAGUCAAUCUAAAGCUGAAGAAUAUAUUUUGAGAACAUGGGGUGUUAAGCAAAAUGAUGCAGACUUCGAAUAUUUAUCGCAAUUUGUUGAAACAAUAUCGAAUUUCACUCUCGAAAGAAUUCACACAAUAUUUGAGUACGGAAAAGAUGACCGAUUACGAGAUAUAAACUUGCGGGAACUUGUGGAAUUUGUUUAUCCAAACUAUAAUCAUGUCAUAAAAACUUUUGACCCUACCAUGGGACCCGACAGUCAAUUGGUCUUAAGUGAACGUGGAAUGUGUCACGUUAUAAAUGCACCAAUUAGUAAAGUUCUAACAACAAAACCAUUACAUUCAACUAAUGAAUUGGGCGAGGUUCUUACGUGUUUUUUGUACAAGCAUGAAUGCUUUAUUCGGGUGGAUUUCUAUAAUAUGUCGGCAACAAUAGAAAUCCAUUCAUCCGAAGAGGUCCCAGUUUACGAUUCAGCCGUAAUGGAGUUCAAUCCAUCCGAUGAAAUUGCUAUUACAUUUCAAAUCACAGAAACAUUACCAUCGGAAUCGUUGAGGUAUUUGAACGUAAAACAAAGGAAAUGCGUGUUUCGUAGUGAAAUUUUUGGCAAAAUUCCGAAAUUUAAUGGAAAAUUGUGCGAGAUGAACUGUCGAGCAAGAAACGCACUAGAGCUGUGCAAUUGCAAACCAUUUUUCUACCCAUUUGUUGAUGGUCCUGAAUGCAAUAUUAGCGGUUAUUUGUGUUUACAUCAGAAAUCAUGGCCGAUGUGGACUCUAUGCGGUUGUAAAUGUCCUUCGAGCUGCUUUUACUAUUCAUAUACGGAACGAAGUAGAGAGAAUCGAGAAUGGUCUGAUGAGGUCCUUUUCAUGCGGAAAGCGUCUUUUCGUUGGGAAAUUGUAUCAUCAAAGGUGCGAAAUCGUCGUGAUGUAAUCUUCAGCUUCGCCGAUUUCAUUGGUUCGUUCGGUGGAGCCGCCACUCUUUUACUAGGUGUAAAUUUUUGGCAUUUUGCUGUUGUUUGUCUAAAAAUACUCGAAAAACUUGCGCAAGUAUUAUUGCGGCGUGAGUACAACUUCUAAUUCUUACGAUGAAGAUUUCAUCGGGCACCUCCACUAAAUUCGCUGCUCCGAGCCUAUAGUUAAAUAUCAUCGAGAGGAAAUUUACCGGCAAAGCGAAGAAAAAACUGCAAUAAAAAUUGAAAUAAAUGAAGGAAAUAUUUUUGGAAUAAAAUUUCCAUUGAAAAUUUCAAUUUUAAUUUGAUUUUUAUCAAAU